CAGACGCGCUCUUGCAGCCCGGUGCGUAGAAAGAGGCGGAAAAUACGGACGGGAGAAGUCGAAAUACCAACAGAAGACGCGGUGAUAUCCGGAAUGCCGAGCCGCAACGCGCAAGGUUUCCAACGCCUCAGCGAAGAACCGAUCAGAACAGCCCGGUCGUCGACUCUCGAAAUGAGCGCCGAAGUCAGUGCGGCAACUCCGGCUCAAACGCUCGACGACUGCGACCCCGAGACGCCCGACCGUCGUCAACCCGUAUUUCUCGUGGAAUGUAGCGACGGGGACACAAUCGAACAAGCGAGUAGCAAGUCCGUCGAAGACGUCGGCGUCGUCAGCAAGGGCGCACCCGGUUGGCGUCGUGCUAUCAACGCCCUACUGGUCGCCAGGCUCGAGAUAUACCUGGCGCUCUACGUGGUGGCUCGAAGGAUGAGCGCCACAGUGGUCCAGGACUUGCUCAUUCAGAAGUCCUGCCUCAACACGCUCGCCCUCAACUCCAGCGUCUGCUCUCAUCUGGACGACUUCGAGGACGUCAAGGACAAGGCCGAACAGUACGCCAGCACGACGAGCAUGAUGCGUGCCAUCGUGCUCCUGGCACCUUCGGCGGUCAUGGCCAUCUUCGUCGGGCCCUGGUGCGACAAGUACGGCUACCGGACGCCGCUGGUGACCGCCAUGGUGGGUUUCAUGGCGAGCACGCUGCUGGACAUCUUCACCGUGUACCACAUGGCGAUGCCGCUCUACGCGAACAUCCUGUCCAUGGUUCCGGACGGCCUGUGCGGAGGACCCAUCAGCAUCCUUACGGCCGUCUUCAGCGCGGCGACUCUGUCGACCAGGGAGGACCGCAGGCGCGUGAGGUUCUUCGCGCUCAGCAUAGUGAUGUCGCUAAGUGGUCCCCUGGGCAGCUACGUCGGCGGCCAGGUGUACGGCCAUUUCGGCUGGAAGCCCGUGCUGUACUCGUCUUUCGCGCUCGAGUCGUUCGCGCUCGUAUGGGCCUUCGCUGCCAUCAAGAACCUCGCGAAGCCCGAGCACGCGAAGGACGGGCUGUCGCUAAGGCUGAAGAACUUCUUCCAGCUGCAUAACCUGACCGAAAGCUUCAGAAAUGCGAUUAAGCCUCGGCCCAACAGGGGACGUGUGCAGCUGUGGUGUCUCUUCGGGGCCACCUGCUGCGUCAUAUUUGACCUGUCGUCCUCGGGAAUCGCGUACUUCUACGUGCGCAAGAUGUACUCCUGGACGGUGGCCUACUACUCGACGGUGCAGUCCGUCUCCACCGUGGUGGGCGUGGCCCUGAACGUGCCUAUCGUCUUCCUCUUCGUGAAGGUCCUCAAGAUCAGCGACCCCGCCAUGGCGCUCGUGGGCUCCUGCUUUGCGGCUGCGCAGAUGGUCAUAUUGGGACUCGCCUACGAAGAAUGGCUGUACUACCUGCAAUGCCUCGUGGGACUCCCCACUUUCCUUGGCCAAGUGGGCGUGAGGACCCACCUCUCUAAGCUCGUGGCACCUGACGAAGUCGGCAAGGUGUUCUCGCUAAUGGCCUCGUUCGAAUCCGUGGUACCCAUCAUCGGCGAGGUGCUGCUCACCACUAUAUUCAACCAGUCCAUCGAAUUUUUGCCAGGAAUGCCUUAUCUUGUGGCCGCCGGAAUCACCUGCAUCGCCGUCGGACUCACUGCAUACGUCACCAAAGUGCACCGGUACAGCAUAAAGUACCAGGAAAUGUCCAAGUCAGAGAUAUCCUCUGGACCAAUCAACGACUGAGGCAUCAGCCAACCUGAGCAUUGACGGACAGCUCCAGACAGACGCACACAGGUGCUUGGCAGCCACUUGCAUUAAGUGUGGAAGGUGUUGGAAUGUUUCCUCGUUGCUUUCUGGCAAAACAACUGGACUUGAGCAAUGGACUCCACAUGAACUACCACAUCAGCAGACGCAUUACUGCCAUGGACCCUUGUUGAUUGCACAUGCUGCUGCACUGCGGAGACAGCUCCCCAAUUUCUUUAAAAGGACAUUUGCGCUUACAAGCCAUGAUUUCAAACUUAUUGCAAAGACUGCCCAAAGGCUAUGCCCUUAGCUAGUGUCACUGCCCAAAGGCUAUGCGCUUAGCUAGUGUCGUUUACCUCCUUCAACUGGCAAAAGCUUCUUUCAUUAUUUUACAGAAACCCUCUAUAUAUAUGUAAUAUAUAGUAUAAUGCAUAGUCUAUAUAGAGAAUGUCUUUCGACUUCCUAUGAUUAUAGACAGCACAGUACUGUGCAAUAUGCUUGUUGCUUUACCUUAUUUUCAUGUGAUAUGAUAGAGAUGUUGUUUAUAGGUAUUGUAUAUACAAAUGAAGAAAUCUAAAGGGAACAAAACAUUAGUAAAGUGCUUACACGACCAGCAUAAGUCUAAAGGUUACUUACUGUACAUGUGCACAUAAAUAAUUUAACUACAACCUAAGCACACAAGGAGCCCACCAGAAAGGCCCAAAAUAGGCCCUUUGUUCAGUCAAGACUAACAAAAGUGCCUUGCUCCUCCUCCUACAGCAAGGUAUGGGCAAUACCCUCCUUUGCAGACUUUGCACAGAUUAAGUAGAUAACCUUAGCUGCACAUGACAUAUUAGUGUCACUGCUGGUCACUAGCAGUGCAAAUAACGAGGAAAAAAUAGAGAACAAACUGUAGCACUGAUUAUCAGCUAAGGUUUAUGGUUUGCCCUUCUGAAGGCAUGCACAAAAAUUCAAACAAAAAAUGUUAUUUCUGCAGAAGUAAACAGUUAAAUCCCAUUGGCAGUCAGCACUUUGCCCAGCCCAUUCUCUCCCCUAUAUUUUGCACUGCAAGCACACAGAUAUGAACUGCUGACUCAACCAUCACGUCAUUACUGUUAUUAUUUGUAUGUUUUCUACUGCACACCUGCUGUGAUAUCGACAGAAUUGAACUUAAUUCUAGGGUUUUACAUGCCAAAACCACAACUUGAUUAUGUAGCACGUCGUAGUGGGGGGCUCCGGAUUAAAUUUGACCACUAGGAGAUCUUUAACAUGCCCCCAAUGCACGAGACAUGGGUGUUUUUGCACUUCGCCCUCAUCGAAAUGUGGCGGCCGCCAUCUGGAUUAACAGGGACAAAUUGACAUGGACAAAUUGAUGAUACUGUGCAAUAUUCAUACAGGUCAGAGCAGCUGGCCCAUAACCACUCUUCUACAGAUUCCAGUUUACAUAAGCACACUUCUGCACUUUUCGUAAUAGUGUACAGCAAUUGCAACCAAUGAAUUCAUCAAUGAGCAAUCAAAUCCAAUGUAUUUGAUUCUGAUUGUAAACAUCUAUGCCAUCAUGUUUUCAGUAGACAAUUUUAUUCCACCGUUGCAACUGACACACAUUGAUUGCAAGCACCAGUGCCCCAAUUUAUUAAAAUUCAAUCAGGUAAAUUGCAAAAUUGCCUUAUUGUGAAAUUACUUGAAUUACCAGGCUUUCACCAAGCUGUACGUUAGUCUUGACCAAAGCACUUGCAGACUCCACCUUUUCUAUUUUUACCCUCUGCAUUCUGGAACAUUUUGCCACUUGAUGUGUGUAUAUGGAAAUAGCACUAACUGGAGAAACCAAGGACAAUUUCAUGCUCAGAUGGUACUUACUAUUUAUUUUACUCUAUUUUUAUGUAUUGCACAAAUGGACAACAAAUAUUUAUGAAUAUUGUUUGCAUUGCACAUUUGUAAUUACUACCCCCCUUACUUACACAUGCUCACUAAAGCCAUAUGUGGCACCAUUUUUGUACUUUUACAUGUUUGUUCAAUUACUGUCAGACCGCCUUUCUUUUUUUAUUAAUUUUGCUCUCUAUGCCAUUUCUGCAUAGCUUGUUUUCAUUCAUACAAUGUGCACGUGAUGUCUCAUUGUACUUUUGACUUCCAGACCUCUUCUUGCAGAUCAAUACUGUGUAUAUACCUAAAAUGGUAAUAAAAUUGAAUCUGUUUAGGAAGGACCAAACCAGAA